UAUGCAAUCUAAAUGUCGUACAUUUUACUUUUUCCGCUAGAUUAAAAUUUGCGUGCGAUAGAAAGACGAACGCAGACGUAUCGAAUGAAAAAUAUUCCCACGUGGCCUACAACGCGACAUCUGGUCGGUAGUUUCAAGAUAUCACGACAGCAAAAGGAUAGAACGUUGUUGCGUUCCGGAAAGAAUUUCUUCCUAACGAUAACUGUUUAAGCUUAAUCCCCUCGUUAAAAAUCUUUCGCAGAUAAUAUAGGACGCCAGACGUAGAAUCUCUCGUAAGAUUGCUUCGGCACGUUGACGACAUUGCUGAGGUAAAGGAGUGGUACACCCGGAGCGAGAGGAUGGAAGAACGGUCGCUGCGCCAGUGUAAAGGAGACUGGCGACCUAACGGGGAGAAAGAGCGGAUGCGAGAGGAAGCGAGAGCGAAAGAAGAGAAUGUACGCGAGCGAACGUGAUGGACGAGUAGAGUGAACGAGAAGGAGAACGUAUACGAAGCGAGGUGCAUGAAGCGAACGAGAGAAAAAGAGGGACGGUGUUCGUAAUCAAAGGGGCAACUCGCGGUGCGGCUGCGGCGUGGAAGAAAGUCAGUCUAUACCAGAGCGGCUCAUCAGUCCGGCACGGUGCGGUGUCCCGAAUGCACGUCGAACCAUCGAUUUUUCGCGCCUUCUUGCCACGUGAUUCCGUUUCGUGUAUCAACGCAGCACCGCACGAACACGUUCGUUCACCGGUACCGAGUUUCCACUUCGAACCCACCACCAACCGACUCCGAUUAACUUCGGUGCAUCGCUCGAUCGGCAGCUGCAACGUGCGACGCUCGACGCUGCGAGUUAGCGGUCUAUCGCGUCCAUUGGACAUCCGCGUUUCGAUACAAACACGCGCCUACAGUACAAAUAUUUUAUUGAACAACGCUUCUAUUAAACUACCAGGGAGUGCAAGCGGAAGGAUUAAACAAUUUUGGAUUCAAAAUCGACUUGUACGAGUGUUACGUGGACCGUGGCAACGUUCGAAGGGAUUUAGCAAUGCUCAUGAAUGGGUGUGGCCAGCAUUCCAGUGGAGCGUAAAGAUCAGCGAACCUGCCAUGAAUUAAGAUCAAUCCAAAAAAUGGAUGUCGCCAAGGGCACAACGGAAGACUUCGUGACGGUGGUCAGCGUUGGCAGCCAGCCGAUGUCGGAAAAUUUCGUGACCGUUCUGUCGAUUGGCAAUAGAAAGAAGGACGAUGAGGAAUCGUCGUCGGCGGCGAGUAAGAAUCCAUCGAAGAGCAUGGACGGGCAUCUCGAGGAGGAAGUCGAGGUUUUCAGAUUGCCCGGGGAACGUUUGGGCUUUGGACUGAAAUUCGAAGGCGGCAACAAGACCGCCGAGAGAGUUAGAAGACUGUUCGUGCAGAGCUGCGCGGAGCAAAGUCCAGCCAGCCGAGCGAAAUGUUCGUGGGGCACCUUAGGUGAAGGAGACGAGGUACUUUCGAUCGAUGGUAUACCAGUGACACACAUGACCCGAUUGGAUUGCGUGAGAAGAUUGAAGGAGUCGCAAUUGGUCAUCAGGCUGAUGGUGAGAUGUCGCGGUGCUCUUAGACCGGAAGUGGUGAGCGCCGAGAGAAAAAUAGAAAGGAACAAAGUGCCUCCGGAGUUACCCACAGCACCGCCGCCUGUGCCACCAAGAAAGCUGAGGCAGCUUCGAGGCUCCGCGGACGGCGAGGCGAAUCCCAGUCCUAUCAAGAAAUUAUGGGACAACUCGAAAUCGCAGAACGGAUCGCAGAAUGGACUGCAAAAUGGCGUGCAGAAUGGUUCGUCCGUGUCGCAAAUCGGAUUACAGUGCGUGACGAAAAUCAGCUCGUAUGAGAAUUGUGAGUCAAAAAACGUCAACGGACUGAAUCAGGAGAGUCCGAAGGAGUCGCCGAAGGACCGCUCGCCGGAAUUCGCGAAAUCAAAGCAAAUUGUAAUCACAGAACCGCCGGAAGCAAUGGUUUAUCUAGAUGCGCGAUCACAAUGCGGCUCCACGCAUGGAAGCACGUCCGACGAUACCAGCAGUUCCAUGUCCACUGUGGUGGACAGAUUCUCGACAUCCGAUCGCGUGUCGACCAUCUCCACGACGUCUACGGCGUCGACUGCCGGUUCCGAACAGCAGAACGAAUUCUCGGGCGUCGAUCGAGACUUCGACCGAUCGUCCGAUCGAGACGUGCUGCUGUCGCGAGCGAUCUGCCCGCUCGAGCAUCUCGAGCGAGACUUUUCGAAUCCGCCCGAUUACCUGCUCCGCCGUCUCGCCAGUUCCGAGGCGGUGACGCAUGUGGAGUCGCGGGGUGAAGUCGAACGGAUUACGGCGGUCGUCGCGCCGAACACGGUGUUGAUCGAGGAAACGAUCACUCUUCAGCCGCCACUCAGCUUUCAAGACGCCCCGCUGAGUUACGGACACGAGGCCAGGCCGGAUCUCUUCUACACGGCCGACCUGGCUGCCGACUCGACGACACAUUUCAGGCCAAUUAAGGACGACGUGGAGCUCGUGGAGCGCGUCAACGGCAACCACGAGGAAUUCCGCGAAGCGACCUGCGUUUCCGGCACCGACAGAAGCAACGCCGACAGGUCGUCACCGCCGCCGUUGCCGGCUAGAAAUCACGUUAAUAGGAUCUGCGUGAAUCAGACGCAGACGAGCGAAUCUGGAAACAAGGCGCGUCCGCGAAUCUCCGCAACGGUGCCUGUCUCCUCCGACCUUUCCGAAGCUCCUCUGUUACCACCGAAACCGCUCCCGAGGAAGGACGUUAAGGCCAGAAGGAAGAGACCGCCUCCACCGCCUCCACCGCCGAUUAUAACGCCACGAAGAGAAAUUAAACCUUCACCGUCGAUCGAACCUAAUCAGGUAACGGAGAAAGAAAACGAAAAUCUUUCGCAAAGCACAGAACACGUUCGGCCAGGAGCGUGCAAUUCCUCAUCAAAUAAACCUAACAUUCUUGACGAUAAGAGUCGAAGAAACGAAACCUCGGAUAAAAGUCUCGCUAGAGAAUCUGAUUUGAAGAAUGUCUGCCUUGAUAAUGAAAAGAAAGACGAAGCUGCGAGUUUGGGAGAGAACGCACAAACGAGCAAAGUCUUAGAGACGAUCGAAAUCAAAAUGGCUAAAAGUUUGCAGUCUGAUCAGAAGGAGGAAAUUGCAAAAAAUAAAUCGAACGAUGCAACGGAAACUGCGAAUUGCGAGCAAAAUAAGGCUAAAGACGAAAUAACUGAUAAAAGCGAACAAGAUCAAUUGCAAGCUACGAAUAAUUCGAACAAAAUUCCACCGGAGCAUCAAAACUCGAACGUAGAAUCAGCGACCGACAAAUGCAUCGACGAGUCAAUUAAUAAAAGGGAAAAACGGAAAGACUCGGAAAACUGUUAUCAAGAAGAAACUAGAACAAACGACCGAGAUAUUUUGAAGGAGGUACUUCCGUCGAACGAGGAAGAUAUCUUAGCGGUCGGUUCUACUACGCGAGAGAGCGAGGACGACGAAACUUAUCAAUCGCUCGACGUGGUAAAUGACGACAUAAAAAAUCCAGAAAUGAAUCAAAUAUUGGAGAAUGAGGAAGUUAUGGAGGAAGAGGAUACCACCGACGAAAGCGACGACGGCGAAUAUUACUGGCAAAGUAAUCUUGCUACCAUCGGCGAAGAAGAGGAGACUUCCUUGGAAUAUGUUAAUGACAACGCAGACGUGAAUGAUCCCAGCGAGCUGGCGGUGAAGCCGGAAGAAUCGCCUCCUGCAAUCAAGAAAGAUGCCUUCGUUAAAAACGCGCGAGAUGACGAAGCAGACCGCGUGAACAAGAUUGCAGAAUAUACGGAGGAGAAAAGCAAGAACCCGAACAAAGAUACGGUAAAUGGUAAGAUGGAGAACUGCGGAGGCGGCCAGCGCCUGCCCCCGGACGGGGACGAAUUUCCAGCAGCGUACCAAGAAUUCAGCAACAGUAGCAACCAGCCACCGUACAGAUAUAUUGCCGCGACAAGGACAGCGACGAUAGCCACGAAUGGCGGAGGAUUGUGCAACGAGAACGAGCCGUUCCGUGCCGGCGAGACUCUUAAAAUGCUCGCGAACGACAGCAACGUUGUCGGUUCGAGGAGCAUUAUUCUACCCGAUAGUAAGAUGACAUUCACAGGCGCUGAAAGCGUGAGGCAGGAUAUAAAGAAAGUCGCUUUGGCAAAUAUGGAGAACGUCCGGUCCGAGAUGGGCAAAGCUACGUCGACCAAUGUAGAUAAUAUGUGUCAAGACACAAAGUCCAGCGAGAUUACUAGCGAAGAGAAAAAAUCAUCUUAUCAUACUUCGGAAGAUAUCGCGAAGAAAAACGCUUCCAUCGUCACAGGGAGUUCCCUUUACUCUUGUCAGACGACUAACAACAAUUUAAUGAUGAGCGAGAAGAAAAUGGAGAUCGCUGGAUAUUAUCACAAGGACGUGACGACGAUCGAACAAGUGCCAAGCCACGUGGAAAAAGACACGCCUGUUGAUACUCCACCGCCUCUACCAUUGACAGGUCCGCCAAAAGUAGAACAAACUGUUUUACAUGCGAGAAACGUUCCUACGAUAGAAUCGCCGCAGAGAAAGUUUUCUCUGAACGGCGAUCUCUGGAGGCAAGACGACAAGUCCGAGCGAUCUGUUCGAGACAAAAUUGCCAUGUUUUCGUCCCAAAGCAAUCUUGACGCGCCGCUAUUUCCCAGCGCCAUGACGGCGGCCGCCGUCUCGAACAACGGCAAACGCCUCUCCAAGUACAAGUCCUCCGAAGAUGUUUGCUGCGACGACAAGAACAACGGACAGAAGGACCGGCCGUCUUUCUUCGCCGACAGGACGCAGAGUUCUUUCGACCUCACCGAUUCGGCCAAAACUGUGACGGGGCAUGACUCCGCGAAGAAAUAUAAUCAAAGAACGCCUAGUUUAUCUCAGAUUGUUCAACCCGUUCUGUUGAGUCCAACUGCGCAAACUACGCGGGUUUCAAAGACGAUACCAAUCGUUCUGCCGAAAACUACAUCAGUGUCCAGUUCAUUGUCGACUUCGUACGAUAAGCAAAAUUUCUCAAAUACGACGACGAAAAAUUAUUGCGCGAAUACCGAAAGCGGCAAUUUGCAGAAUGCCGUGUAUUCAAACAUUGGAAAAACUGUGGGUUCUUGUAACAAUUUUAGCAAUUCGCUCAAAACAACGAACACGCCUUCGUUGACGCGAGCUACCAGUUUCUCAGGCCCGACACCUUACACGCAAGAUCGAGACUCUCUGACAACUGAUUCCAUUGGUAACUCACAAAUCUCGAGAACAAAUUCCUUGGCGUCCACGUUCAAGCGACCAGGAGAAGAUGUGAGAAGAAACAGCUUGAAUCAACUGAUCGAGCAGAGACGAAGAUCGAUAUCGAAGCUACGUGGUCUGGUUAUACCGGAAAAAGAUACCGUAUCGAUUGAUCAACCUAUCAUCGAUCUACCGGAAAUUAAAUCACGAGAUUCGAUAUUAUUGCAUCAGAUACCAAAGGCAAAUAUUCAGGACAAAUGGGGGUCUCAAAGUUCCUUAGCCAGCAACGCCAGCACGGCGAGCCAGCCCUUGAAAGCGACAACGUCCUUCAAAAUGCCGGCGCCUCAGAUACACUCCAAGUAUUCACCGGCUUUUAAGAGAAAGUCUCUCACGGUUUACGGUACUUCAGUGACGACGAGUUCCGCGAUAAACGGCAACAGCCCGAUCAAGAGUUCUCAAUCAACCGCUUUGUCCACGUUUUCGGAGCCACCGAAAAGUCUGGAGAGUAUUUGCAGCCCGACGAGAAGCGAUUAUAGCUUCGAAUUCGCUUCGACGACCAGCUCACCAGACGGCUCGCGCACCAGACCGAGAACGAUGCAGAGGAAAGCUCGCUUGGACUAUGACGAUUCCGACAACGAUUCAGCCGUGAGCAGCUCUCAAAGCAGCAUAUCUCGCGGCUUCAGUCCGCCGAUGUCUCCGGUACCAUCGGAAAGAUCCACCAUCUCAUCAGAGAGAUCUUACGUCUCCACGGAAUUAAACUGCCAACGUCGACCUUUGAUCGCGGAUAAUUUAAACAGAAUCUCAGUCGCACGGGAUAUUAGAGAUCCAAUUGCUGCAUCCGAUAAAGAUCAAUUUGCCUCUAGGAUAGGCGUUCUCGGUGAACGAAUGUAUCUGGCUGAGAGAUCCUCUUCCAGCAGCAGCAGUUCAAAUUCUCGCUCACCACAGCCGAACGAGCUUGUUUCGAGGAGUUCGCAGAUCCCUCAAAGACAAUUGAGGCGAUCGAAUAGCACCGAUACAAAUUGCAGCACGUCUUCGACACUCACAUCCGGCUCGCAAGCCAGUGCCGAGUCCUUAUCCCGAAGAGUGCUGAAGCCGCAAAGCGUCGAGGCGAUAAAUCGGAAGAAUAUCCUGGCGAGCGCGAGAUGUCGAAGUGGCAGGGAUUUGAACGGAUCACCGCUAAUCCAACGAAAAUUCUCGGACGACGAAGAUGCCGCGAAAGGAGCCGUCAAGAACGGUGGUGCUAUUCAUCAGAUGAGCAAUAACUCGGAAAAUGAUUCCGCGAGCAAACAAGAGAUCAAGAUUGCGUACAUAGAAGUUGCGGAUCCCUUCGCGGAGGAUGAAGGGUCGUUUCAAAAGAAGGAGGAGAAGCCUAAAUUGCCGCCUAAAAUGAGCUUUCCACCACCGGCUGUGCGACCGCCCAAGCCCGAAAUAUUAGAGCCGUCGAACGAUCUUAAAAUGUGGGUUCGAGCGGAGGUGAAGACUUUGGCGCGAUCAAUGGAAGAAAAAUCGAACGGUCAAUAUGACAAAGGUCCAUCCGUCGCAGCUCAAAAUUUGGAAACAAGAAGUAGUCGUGGCUCCAUGUUUAAUGAAUCUGUUAUUAUAGCUUCCAAUAAUGAUUUGUCCUCAAAAAAUAGGACUACAAUAAGCGAUACGAAAAUCGCCGCGAUGGAAAUGUCGAAAUCGCAAAAUAAAGCGAGUUUAACUCCUAGAAAAAGUAUGGAAGAGCAAAACGAUCUCUUGACAAUCUUGACGACAAAGAGCCGCUCUAGAUCAGCUAUACAUGUUGACGAAGGAACUUUCGGCAGAUCAAAGAGUCAGAUGAGCUUGGAGGAUAUACUUGGCGCUAAAGCGGAUUUGAAAUUACUUCGCGCGCAAAAUUCCGAGCCAAAAAUCGAGAAAAAUGGUAUGAUAACGAGUUCACCCGUAAAAUCUGCUUGGGAAAUCUCGAAAGAAAAUCGAUACGGAAGAAGAGGUUCGAUUACUUCAAACGAGUCCUGGUCGGAGGACAGGCCCUUCGUCUCAAAAAUACCCACCUUGGGGAAAAGUAAAGUCGCCGAUAGCGGCGAUGAAAUGUCGGAAAGCGUCGAAAGAAUGAAAAGCGUGACGACGUCGAAAAUUCCGACAUCUCGUGGGCUAAAUCGACGUAGCGCCAGCGUGACGGAUAUGAAGAAAGCCCUGGAGAAGGUCGACACGAGUCCCGUGCACAGCCAGUUACAACAGAGCAUCAGUAACACUCACAAUCGAUUUCCAAGUCUAGACAGCAGCGUGGACGAGAACGUCGGGACGGAAAUGGAUUCUGAUAGAUGCUACGGUAGUAUUAGUUCAUUGGCUAGUAGCACCAGUUUGAUCUCGCAACAGGAAUUGGCGCAACUCGUCGAGGAAGCGAGCUUGGAGGAGGCACGUGGAGCGCAUGACGUCAUAGUCGUUUUGCUCCAUAAGGAGAACCCGACCGGCAGCGUUGGCAUCACUUUGGCCGGCGGCGCGGACUGCGAAGUGAAAGAGAUCACGGUUCACAGAGUGCUGACACACUCUAUCGCGGACAAAGAUGGUCGGGUGCAGAGGGGUGAUAGGAUCCUCAGCAUAAACGGUCGGAGCACGCGAGGUCUCACGCACAGGGAGAGCAUGGCGGUGCUGAAGCAGCCAAGAUCCGAGGUCGUAUUGGUCGUGUCGAGGGUCAGAAUGGAGGAGGGCUGUAAACUGAGGUCGCGAACCGCGAGUGUCGAAACCAUCGUCGAAGGUAACGGAAUUCAGUGUAAACAAGAGAACUCGUAUCGCACAGGGUUAGAGACGAAUGGAAACGUGGAGAACACAGCGUGGGGACCACCAUCGACCGUGGCAGUUUACAAAGAUGGAGCUGGUCUAGGAUUUAGCCUGGAAGGCGGCAGAGAUAGUCCCCUCGGGGAUAGACCUCUAAUCAUCAAGAAGAUAUUCACCGGAGGUGCUGCCGAGAAAACGGGUGCCUUAAAAGCCGGGGACCAAUUGCUCGAAGUAAACGGUAACGACGUAACGCGAAUGUCGAGGAUAGAAGCGUGGUCUUUGAUGAAGAAGCUACACGACGGUGAAGUGAAUCUCCUAGUCAGGCAUCCUGCCACUAAAUCCUCGUGAAGAAUACGAAAUCCCGAUCGUAUAUCGUAUGAUGUAAACGGAACGUAGAAAUGUGCCAAGCAAACGACUG